AUGGUCGCCCGAGGUCGCGAUGAGACGGAGCCCCUGUUGGGCUCCGCAGACAACGCGCGCGGCAGAUCGGCGGGAUCGAAAAAGAUGCUGAUCUUGGUUGUGUGCUCGAUAUUCGUCCUCGCCCUAGAUUUUGGAUUCUUCUUGGGCACUGCACCUCAGACACAGAUUUUUGAGCAGAUUAUCUGUCGGCAGUACCAAGCCGACCUUCAGCGCGUUGGGAACAUUACCCACGGAGAUCCGUGUAAAUCGGAGGCAGUGCAGGGAGAAUUAGCGCUGGUCAUCGGCCUCAAGGAUACAUUUGAAGGGAUCCCCAGUAUCCUGCUUUCUCUUCCCUAUGGAGUCCUCUCAGACCACUGGGGACGGAAACCAGUUAUGGGCCUCGCGUUAUUGGGCUUGAUACUUGGGGAACUGUGGGUUCGGCUUGUUUGCUGGUGGUCAGAUGUAUUGCCUCUCCGCACAGUCUGGUUCUCAGCGCUUUUCAGGAUCGUCGGUGGGGGUGAUAUGGUUCUCACCGCAAUUGCGCUGGUGAUGGUUGCAGAUGUCUUUUCAGAGGAAGAAGUAGCAACAGCCUUGUUCCGGCUGACGUCCUGUGUCACAUUGGCAGAGGUCUUGGCCACUCCGGUCAGCGCCUAUUUGAUGACCUAUAAUAUUUGGUGUCCCUAUAUCCUUGGACUUGGAAUACUUAUUGUGGGUGUUACUCCUGCUUACUUUCUCCCCGAGACGCUGGAAGAUGCCAAAGCGAAGAGGAGGAGCCAGGUGAUUGCAACCGAGGACGACGAUGACGACCAGACUCCGUUACCGGUGAACAAAACAAUGCGAGAAGAAUUCACCAGCAAGCUCCGCGAGUUCAAAAAGUCCACGCAGUUUAUUUGGAAGGACUUGAAUGUCUGCCUGAUCAUUUUGAUGUUUUUUGUAACCAUCAUCAGCAAACAGACCUCGAAUAUACUAUUGCAGUAUGCCUCCAAGAAGUUCCACUGGAGUAUUGCUCGGGCCAGCUUGCUCAUUUCUCUGCGCGGGACAUUCAUGCUCUUCAAUUACCUACUCCUGAUGCCGGCCACAAACUUCCUCCUAGCCAAGUAUCUCCACCUACACGGCAAGUGGAGAGACCUGCGCAUGAGCCAGGGAAGCGGACUUUUGGCAAUUAUCGGCUUCGCAGCCAUGUUUGUAGCGCCGGUCCCCGCGAUCUUGAUCUUUGGCUUGGUGGUCCUGUCACUGGGCUCAGCGUUCUCGGUCUCUUCGCGAAGUUUGGCCACUGCCAUCGUUCUACCAGAUCAAGUCGGAGCUCUAUAUUCCGCCAUUGCUAUUGCGCAGUCGGUGGGUAUGCUCGUGGCCGGACCAUUAUUUGCCGCCUUGUUUCGUCGGGGAAUGCACCUCGGCGAUGCGUGGAUGGGUUUGCCAUUUCUCCAAGCCGCUCUAUUUUAUGUCGUUGCCUGCAUUGCUGUAUCGUGCAUCCGACUGAGGCCAUCGCAACGCAAUGGGCAGGAAGAAGAGCCAGAGCCAUUAUCAUUGUCGGAAUAG